UCAGAUUAAGCACAUACACCUUAUAUUCUCUUCUUCUUCUUCUUCAUCUUCUUCUCAUAACUCAGCCAUGGCUUCUUCUUCCGGGAAAUCCUUCAUCGCGGCUCUCCUUGUGGCUCUCACAGUGUCAAGCAUGAUGAGUUGCAGCCUAGCAGCUCGUCGUCUACUUCAAACGACACAGCCUUCGAUACCAAACAUGCCUGGAAUUCCAAGUAACUUGCCUAAACCUACAGGAUUGCCACCUUUGCCUUCAAUCCCAACUAACAUUCCUCCAUUGCCUACAAAUCUCCCAAAUAUGCCAAAACCCAAUGCACUUCCGCCUCUUCCUUCUAUGCCUCAGAUCCCAACAGUCCCACAGGCCACACUUCCUCCAUUGCCUAACAUUCCUUCUAUUCCCACUAUCCCUAUCACUAUCCCCUCCAUCCCAUUCCUUUCUCCUCCUCCUUCCAAUUAAUAUCACAAAACAUGGUUCACUAGCUUGUGGCUCAUCUUGGUGUUAUUAUAGUUGCUUCAUCUAUUAUUGUAGCUGGUAGUGCUCAGCAGCAAGCCGGCGUAUGGACGUAUAAUUAUUCAUUAUUGGUAUUGGUUUGCAUUAUUUUAUCUAUUUGUAUGUCUGAAUGUUAGGAAGAGUUGUAUGUGGCUAUAUAUGUCAGUUUCUUCUUUUUCCGUUCGGUGUGAUGACAUUUUAGAACAGUGUCUUAUUUUUUUUGGUAUUGAUUGUAAUCUUUGUUUUCACACUUAAUAUAUACAAUAAUGCAGUCAAUGCAGUGUUCAGCUUCGAUCUCA